AUGUAUACCGAGGCGACCAACAACACCAGUAUUGUAGAACAGGGCGUGGUAGAUUCUUCAAGCAGUGAAUUUGUUUGGAGUUCCUGGGGCACUUGGAGUCCCUGUUCCAGGAGUUGUGGUGGUGGAGUAGCCAUCCAAGAGAGGCAAUGUUUGCCAAGGGUAAGAACGCCCUCGAAUGUGACAGUCGAAUUGGAGCCAGCUGUCAGGGUGACCAGGCAAACCAAUGGCGAAUGCUUGGGUGUCGCGAAGAGAUACCACGAGUGCAACACUGCUCCUUGCACCGGCGGCCCAAGGGAUCUGAGAGCGGAACAGUGCGCCUCUUAUGACAGACGACCAUUUAGAGGCAGGUUCUACUCGUGGGUUCCGUAUGUAGAUGGUGAUUCCCCAUGUACCCUGAACUGUAGACCUUUGGGCCAGCAGUUCUACGCCUCCCUGGCGCUGGUCACAGACGGGACGCCGUGCACAAGACCUGGAUUUAAGGCUAUAUGCGUUCAGGGGUCUUGUAAGAAUAAGUACAUGAAACUGAGAUAG